AUGAGACAAUAGAUUAAAUAUUACUAAGAAUUAGAAGAAUAUUUAAACUCAUCACUCUAAUCUCACUUGGAUGUCCAUAUUUCUCUUAGUGGCAAUUAAAUUGGUGAUGAAGGCAUAUCUGGCUUAGGUUCUGCUUUAGCAAAUUGCACUAAUCUCUCAAAUUUGACACUUUAACUUUAUUACAAUAAGAUAAGUGCAAUUGGUGCAUCAGUCUUAGGUUCUGCUUUAGCAAAAUGCACUAAUCUCUCAGCUUUGAAACUUGAUCUUAGUGACAAUUAAACUGGUGCUGUAGGUGCAUCAGGCUUAUGUUGUGCUUUUGCUAAUUGUAUUAAUCUCUCAAAUUUGAAAUUGAAUCUUCGUGGAAAUUAAAUUGGUGCGAUUGGUGCACCAGAUUUAGGUUUUGCUUUAGCAAAAUGCACUAAUAUUUCAAAUUUGACACUUAAUCUCAGUUACAAUAAUAUUGGUCCAAUUGGUGCAUCAGGUUUUGGUUCUGCUUUAGCAAACUACACUAAUCUCACAAAUUUGACACUUGAUCUUAGUGACAAUUAAAUUGGUGAUUAAGGAGUAUCAGGCUUAGGUUUAGCUUUGGUAAAUUGCCCUAAUCUCUCAAAUUUAACUCUUUAUCUUGAUUAUAAUUAAAUUGGAGCAAUUGGUUCAUCAUGUUUAGGUUCUGCUUUAGCUAAUUGCAAUAAUCUCUAAAAUUUGACACUUUAUCUUCGUAACAAUUUAAUAGGCGAUGAUGGUGCAUUAAGUUUAGGAACUGCUUUAGCAAAUUGCACUAAUCUCUCAAAUUUAACACUUUACCUUCAUGACAAUUAAAUUGGAGAUGUAGGAGCACCAGACUUAGGUAUUGCUUUAGCAAAGUGCACUAAUAUCUCAAACUUGACACUUAAUUUUUCUUAUAAUUAAAUUGGUGCGAUUGGUGCAUAAGGUUUAGGUUCUGCUUUAGCAAAUUGGACUAACCUCUCAAAUUUGACACUUUAUUUUGAUUACAAUUAAAUUGGUGCAAUUGGUAUAUCAGGUUUAGGUUCUGCUUUAUCAAAAUGCACUAAUCUCUCAAAUUUGAUACUUUAUCUUGAUAGCAAUUAAAUUGGUGCAACUGGUGCUUCAGACUUAGGUUCUGGUUUAGCAAAUUGCAUUAAUCUCUUAAAUUUGACUCUUUAUCUUUGUUACAAUUAAAUUGGUUCAAUUGGUGUAUCAGGUUUAGGUACUGCUUUAGCAAAUUGCUCUAAUCUCUCAAAUUUAACACUUAAUCUUCAUAGCAAUAAAAUUGGUGAUGAUGGUGCUUCAGGAUUAGGUUUUGCUUUAUCAAACUGCACUAAUCUCUCAAAUUUGACACUUUAUCUUAGUUACAAUUAAAUUGGUGCAAUUGGUACAUCAGGCUUAGGUUCUGCUUUAGCAAAUUGCACUAAUCUCUCAAAUUUAGAACUUAAUCUUCGUGACAAUUAAAUUGAUGAUGAUAGUUCAUCAGAAUUAGGCACUGCUUUAGCAAAAUGCACUAAUCUCUCAAAUUUGACACUUGAUCUUUGGUAAAAACAAUUUAUUUGUUUUAGACUGUGA